UACAACAUCAAAAGACAGCGAGGUGGAAUUUCCCAGGUUACAGCAGAGACCACUUCCGCUAUUGGUGUCUGGGUAAAUCGAAGGAGCCACUGAAGCAGAAAGCCGUCUCUUCUUCUAAUCAAUAAUGAACGAAGAAAGAAAGAGAGGCCGAAAAGACGCCAGAUUCCCAGCACCAUGCCUGGUAAGUGACGCGGUGGCGAUGGAAGGAAAAGGGCCCUAUCGUAUCUACGACCCAGGCGGGGUUGAGGCUAAGGCCAGAGAGGAGGGCAGCAGCAGUGGAGUGGGCAGCUACAGACAACUACUGGAAGAGAAUAACGUCCUCAGAGAGAGGAUGAAGGGACUCAAGAGCUUGGGAGACCUGUUGGAGGAGUCUCAGUCGGAGGCGUCUAAGUUGCGUCAGCGUGUCGAGGAGCUGGUCAGAGACAACGAGGCCCUGAAGUCUUCUACCUCCAGCUUCUGUACAGGAGGACCUGUUCAGACUGAGACACAGGGUCAGGGGAAGCUUCACCGCCAGCCCAGUAUGGACCAGAGAGAGAGUCGGCCGUGUCUCUCAACGGGGAAGGCCCUACAUCAUGAGCAGCCCAGUGAAGGUCUGUCAGAGUUUGAGGUGGUGAACAUGGAGGAGAAGACCUCCGAUACCCAGACGACUGGUACCGGAGCAGGGCAGCUACCUCCGGAGAACCAGGAGUUAGCCAGCCAGCUGCAGCGUCUAGAAAGCUCCUUCAGUAUCUUUGCUGAGGAGUCCAACCCCAACCAACUCCUAGCCCACCUGGGACGCAUGGCCGUCGAGUUCCACCACCUCUCCUCCAAGGUCCAGAAGAAUGAGCAGAGGACGUCCCUCCUACAGACUCUCUGUGAGCAGCUCAGACAGGAGAACAAUGAGCUGAGAAAGAAGAUGGAGGAGGACCUUCAGUACAGAAACGGUGACUUGGAACAGCUGAGACAGGAGAACCUGAAGCUGAAAGAGCUGGUAACUGGAGGAGGAGAUACUGCAACGGAGAGCGAGGGGCAGCCAGAAGCCAAAGAAGAUGUGGUGAAAGAGGAAACUGCCAGCGUUAGAUCCAAGAUGGAGGUCAGCACACCACAGAAGAGUGGGAAAGCCCCAGAGAAGGAGAAAGCCCCGGCCAAGCCCUGUGACCCAGAGGCCUAUGAGAAGAAGAUCAAGCUUCUAGAGAAGCAGAGGAAAGACGUACUGGACGUGAACAAGCAGUGGGAUGUCCAGUGGAACUCUAUGAAGUCACAGUUUGAACAGAAGAUCACAGACCUGCGUCAGCGGCUGGCGGACUCCCAGAAGGCCGUGCAGGAGUUGGAGACGGAGCGAGAACAGAGGCAGCGGGACUACGAUAAGAAGCUGCUGCUUGCCAAGUCCAAGAUCGAGAACGUCCAGGGGGAGAAGGAGUGUCUGAACUCUGAGACCACAGAGUUGAAGCAGAAGGUUCGUUACCUGCAGGAUCAGCUGCUGCCCCUCAGUAAACAGAGAGAGUGCCAGGAGAAGGAGAUCCAGCGCCUCAACAGGGCUCUAGAGAAGGCCCUGAACCUGCACCCUCCCCCCUCCUCCCACCAGCCACCGGGCCAGGGCGCCAGUGGUAACCAUGGUAACCACGACGACGGGGCUAGUAACUUGAGGAGGCAGGAGCUGCUCACUCAGAUAGCAGUGUUAAAGGAACAGGUGAAGAUCUUUGAGGAAGACUUUAGGAAAGAGCGGAGCGACAGGGAACGAAUGAACGAGGAAAAGGAGGACUUGAGGAGACAGGUGGAGAGGCUGCAGGGUCAGAUGACCAACCUCACCAAUCAGCUUCUCCAGGCCCAGAACGAGUGUCAGAGAGAGAGAACAGAGAGAUGCAAGCUGGAGAGACUACAGAUGCAGCAUCAUAAACAGGGCCAGCAGCAGGAGAGGCGUACCUCAGACCCCUCCUCGGGCACCGUGAACGGCCCUCUGAGUCCUCCCUACUGUGGUCCCUUUGUGCAGGUGGCUCCAGGAGGUGCCCAGGGGCUGGACGGCUGGCCAACACACUUCCCCCCCAGGAUACCCAACAACGCAGCCAGCGCAGCGCCACCGGGACGUAGCGACUUCCCACCCCUCACACCGGGAUUCCUGUGGCAGUCAUCGGUCCCCCAGCCCAAAGGGUCCAGGGUGCCCGGAGGAGGAGCAGGGGACGGAUCCAGACCACCUCCAGAGAACACGGAUCAGUCCACAGCAACUGGGUUUGGAAAAAGAGAGCGACAGAAUAUUGACCCUGGAAAGCACUAAGGGCCUCCACCGUUCGUUGUCUCGUUCCCUCACCAUGGGGCUAGCUGGGUGGUAGCAGCAUAAAUCAGUUAGUGAUUUGAACUAUAAUUUUCCUACUGAACUGUAGAUAUCCUGUUGUAAUGUUGUUUAUACUUGCCUUUUUAUAAGCCUACUUGUGAAAAACACUGUUUUCGCUAUUCAGAAAUAUAUUACAUGAAUAUUAUUAUUUAGAUAUGUUUCUUUUUUUAACCUCAUUCUUUUUUUGGAGAUUUAAUAUCUGCUUCAUAUGAUUCUAUGCAGGAACUGAAGUCAUCUGCGUAAUAGGUUGAAAUGAUCCAAAUGUAAUAUUAAGACAAUAUACCCAUGUGAUUAUCGGCUAUUGACGAUCGUGCCACUGCAAAGAUGUAACCUUUUUACAAAGCUGUUUUGUUACUCGUAGGGUUAAGGGGUCAAUUCACCCCAUGUCAAUAACAACCAAUACUACUUGUAUUCAUUCCAACGAUAUAUAAUUAUAUAGGUAAAUUGCCUUGGAAUUGGAAUCAUAGAAAUCGUAACCGUGGAUGUUUCAUUUCUGAGAAUUUUUUUUCAGUACCAUUUGGUGUUCUAGAACUGUACCAUCAAGUGUAACUGUUCAAAAAGUGAUUGUUAUAAUACAUCAAACUUGGGAAGUGAAUUUAGCUGGUAUAUCAUGCCAAAAAACAUGGUUGUGGUGAUUUAUUGAUCAUUUAUUUAUAAUCUACUGUUUUGAUGGUUGCAUUGACUAAAUGUAAAUCACUUGUCUUUUAGUAAUGCUGUUCUUUCUAUGUCGUUAGUGUACUCCCAAUAUAUUGUAGCUAUUGACAUCGUAUGUUCGUAACACAUACACGCACACACACCCUCCACAAGAGCACCUGAUUGGCCAAAAAUGACAAUGUAAUUUCAAUGCAGCACCCUUUUUUUUUUUUUUUUUGGAUUGAAUUGGUUAAAAUUAUUUGAUCAUCGAUUCCAAUAUGUAUUCACAUCCUAAGGUAGACAAGUCCUCAACAUAUUUACCCCAAGGCUGUCCAGUCAUAUGUCUGGAGGAUUGGGUCAUAGGUCGUAGUGUAGCCAGCAGUCCCAAUAGGUUUCCUUUCCUUCCCUACUGUUGACCGUUGAUAGUACUACUGUAGGGUGUAUUCCUGUUCUGGUUGCUGUAAACGUUAGCCUACCUGAGCGCUCUGCUAGCAGAGCAUAGUCAGUAUAAUGUAGGAUCUGUAUGUGCUUUUAAUAUGUGAAUUUCUAAUCGAGUUAACAGGGUAUGAUUGGUCUCCAUCAUAUUGCUUUAACCUGUCAGUCAUGUCCUUUUGCAUCAGUCAGAGGCGAGGAAAUUGAAGUUUAUUUUAAAACUGUGAGACUCGGCUAACCCUAAGGCUCCGUGUCAUAGUCCGCAAUACCUCAGUAACAGCACAGUGAUAAACCACCUCAGCCAGACAAGGGGGGGGCUGCUUCCCAAAUGGCCCUCUAUUCCCUAAUAUAGUGCACUACUCUUGGCCGACGCUCCCGGGCCCUGGUCAAAAAGUAGUGCGCUAUAUAGUGAAUAGGGUGCCGUUUGGGUCACGUUUCUGACUCCGCUUGGCUUCGGUCUCGAUCCACCUCUAAGACCAGCGACUCCAUACGAACGCCUAUCUGUCUACAGUAUCUAUCCGACAGUCCUGUGAACCCCUGUGACACCGUCGAGAGCCCGCUUGAAUUCCAAACCCAGCCCAGCCCUGUACCUUACCUUAACUCCAGGCAAAAUGGCAGCAACUCAUUUUAGGUGGAGUUAUUACCAUUAGCUUAUACCUUGCCAAUGCUUUGAUAUCUCCACUAGUGUCUGGCGUUUAUGGGCGAGGGGUUGAUUUGGGGUUGGUCACUAUCCUAGAGCUCCAAUCCUCCUGAUGUGUGAUUUGGUUUGGUGGUGAACUAAUGUUCUGUAUCUCCUCUGAAUCAAACCAAUAACUCAAACGUUUUUUUUUUUUUUUUAAGACGUUAGAUUCCAGAAUGGUCCAAUAGUUGAAUGGAGAAGUUGAAUUGCACUUUGAAAGAAAUGCUUUGUUUUCCUCUGGCAGUUGUCUUUUUCUGGUUUGUAGUUGUGGAGUUUUGCAGUAGGCAAAAGGACAUUACUGAUGUGAUGAGACUUUUUGUAUUUGACUGGCUUAAUAAACAUAUCCUAAAUGUC